GUACACAUACUCAUUCGGCCACACAUGGCCAGGCACAUGUGCCACACUAGCUAGCUAGCUCUCAUUGCUACUGAUUUCAGAUACAGCUUCAGGAGCACCUUGUACUGCCCGAUGUAGACCCCACAUAUAUACUCAGACAUGCAGGAGUAGGGGUAUUAUCUCUCCGGAGAGCCCCGAAACUGGGUAAAUUAGCGCAUGCUACUCGUAUAUCCGUCCCUGGAUAUUCCGACAGCAGUCUUGCCGACCAUGAUAAGCCAUUCAUUGGCAUAUGUCACACCCAACCUUCGACAUGAUGGCUGAGAUCGAAAAAUGAAUUAAAUAGAUAGGGCCUUCGAGGAGAUGGAGUCAGCCGGGUGUUUGAUAACUCUUAAAAGCAGCCGUGUGGGGCAGCAGCACACAGAGUAGGUGUGUUGUGUUGUAGGCUAUAUCAAACGCGUGAGUACUCCAAACGCGUCGGUAGCGAACGAACCCGCGCACGCCCCGUCCCGCAUCCUCACCGCCCGGUUCCCGCCCAGCGGCAGGCAGGCGCCAACCGAGCCCGCAGCUUACCGUCCUCUCCGAUUCCUUCCCCCCUUCUCCCGCCCCCGCGAUUAAAACGCAUCCAUUCUGCGUUCCACGCACGCACGCACGCACGACACGAACCCAAUGCUAUUCUAGCCCGCCCAAAAGCCGGGUUGGCGCUGCCGCAGCCCGCACCAAGCUCGGCUCUCCAUUCCAUGCGCGCGCGCUGCUGCCUGCCACCUGCUUCCGCGAGGAGAGCCUCCUCCUCCACCACCAGCCCGCGGCGGGCGCCAUGGACCUGCUCAGCGUCUUCUUCCAUGGCGCGACGCUCGCGUUCGAGCGGGACGACCUCGGGAGGGAGAUCAUGGGGAUCGCCGUGCCGGGCGCGCUCGCGCUCAUGGCCGACCCGCUCGCGUCGCUCGUCGACACCGCCUUCAUCGGCCGCAUAGGUCCAGUAGAGAUUGCAGCUGUAGGUGUAUCUAUUGUCGUGUUCAAUCAAGUAACAAGAAUUGCAGUAUUCCCCCUUGUGAGCGUCACAACAUCAUUUGUUGCAGAGGAAGAUGCUACUCCCAGUGACAGAAACAAAGAUGAAAUAAGUGGCGAGAAUGAACACAAUGUUAGCGAAAUGGAUGAACUGAUUACUCAUGAAGAGAAUAAUGCCACAUACGGCAAAUCAUCUUUCGAAACUGACUCAAGUGAGAUCAAUACUGAGCAUAAGCGGAAAAAAAUUCCAUCAGUUUCUACAGCGUUACUACUUGGUGGGGUGCUUGGUCUUGUUGAAACUCUGCUGCUUGUUUCCUGUGCAAAACCUAUCUUAGACUUCAUGGGUGUGAAAGCGGACACGGGAAUGUUGAAUCCUGCAUUACAGUACUUAGUACUCAGAUCUUUAGGUGCUCCUGCUGUUCUUUUAUCUCUGGCAAUGCAAGGGGUAUUUCGUGGACUUAAAGAUACAAGGACGCCUCUAUAUGCAACUGUGGCUGGAGAUGCAAUCAAUAUAGUUUUGGAUCCAAUAUUUAUGUUUGUGUUUCAGUAUGGUGUCAGUGGUGCAGCAGUUGCUCAUGUUAUAUCACAAUAUUUCAUUGCUGCCAUACUCCUAUGUAGACUACGCCUGCAAGUUGAACUACUGCCACCAAACUUGAAACAUCUGCCGAUUGGCCGGUUCCUUAAAAACGGUUCUAUGUUACUUGCCAGAGUUAUUGCCGCAACAUGCUGUGUAACACUAUCUGCAUCAAUGGCUGCACGGCUAGGUUCAACUCAAAUGGCUGCAUUCCAGAUUUGCUUGCAGAUCUGGUUGGCAUCUUCCCUUCUUGCUGAUGGAUUGGCUUUUGCUGGACAGGCUAUAAUUGCAAGUGCAUUUGCUCGUAAGGACCAUUUGAAGGCCAAGGCAACAGCUUCCCGCGUACUGCAGCUUGGAUUGAUCUUGGGGCUUCUCCUGGGCCUACUUCUAGGAGUUGGCCUCCAUACAGGUUCGAGAUUAUUUACAGAAGACCAGGGUGUACUGCAUCAUAUCUACGUGGCAAUACCGUUUGUCGCUCUCACUCAACCGAUCAACGCUUUAGCUUUUGUUUUCGACGGUGUCAAUUAUGGUGCAUCUGAUUUUGCAUAUGCUGCUUAUUCAUUGAUACUUGUGGCGAUUGUCAGCAUUGCUUGGAUAGUCACCCUCGCCAAUUACAGCGGUUUCAUUGGAAUCUGGAUAGCCUUGUCGAUCUACAUGUGCCUCCGCAUGUUUGCAGGGUUAUGGAGGAUUGGGACUGCACGAGGGCCAUGGGCAUUCCUUCGCAGCUGAGCAUGUAUAUUCUCGUAGAUAGUCUGACUGUAGGUAGAAUAUUUACACUUGUAAACAACUUUGGAGCAACUGUGUUACUUGUAUGCCUCUAGCCUGCCACCAUGAUCACCAGAGACCAGACUGAUCUUUAACAAUGCAACCUAGCACAAGAAUGGCAUAUUGUACAAACGAAUAAACAAAAAGAGUUGCACUUUUUUUUUC